AUGGCGAUCGAUCCGCCCGCGGAGUUUCUCAGGCCUUUAUGGGCUUGGGCUGAAGCUACGCCCGUCUACAUUCUUCUGACAUUAUUUCUCGCAUUUAUUGCGCUGGCACUUCUUGGGCUCUAUGUCAUCCUCCAUCUCGUCGCGCCAAAGCCUCGACCCGUCUACGCCUCCGAAAAGACCUACCUUACCAGCCAUCCCACUCAAGGACGCACACAGCCUCAACCUCUCCCCUGCUGGUACGAUCGCUGGCUCGCUGAGCGACAGGCUAGCGAGCAGCACGUCCGCCCUGAUGAAGCAUUCCCUACCCCCGAUGCUGGAAACAUCGAACCCGCUGAAGUGCGUCUGAGCGUCGUCUUCCCAGCCUACAAUGAAGAAGCUCGCGUUAUCCCCACCCUCGAGGAGGCUGUCACUUAUCUCGACGAACACUUUGGCCGAACCAAACAAGCUGGACCUAGUGGAGCGAGUCCUACGACUAAGAGACAUGUUCGGAACGCUCCUAAGGAGGAUCUCGGCGGAUAUGAGAUCUUAGUUGUCGAUGAUGGAAGCAAGGAUAAGACAGUGGAUGUUGUCCUCAAGUUUGCCCAAGAACACGGCCUCCAUGACAUUCUUAGAGUUGUCUCACUUGCUCGCAACAGAGGCAAGGGUGGAGCCACUACUCAUGGUUUCCGACAUGUGAGGGGUGAAUACGUCCUGUUCGCUGAUGCUGAUGGCGCAUCCCGUUUCUGUGAUGCUGGUAAGCUCAUUGAAGGAUGCGAGGAGGUUGUCGAUGGAUCACACCGCGGCGUUGCUAUUGGAAGCCGAGCCCAUCUUGUGGGCAGUGAAGCCGUUGUUAAGCGCUCGGCUCUACGAAACUUCCUCAUGCGAUCGUUCCAUCUCGUGCUCAUGAUCCUCACACCCCCGGCAACAUCGCGAAUCCGCGACACCCAAUGCGGCUUCAAGCUCUUCUCGCGAGCAUCCCUCCCACACAUCAUUCCCUACAUGCACACUGAGGGGUGGAUCUUCGACAUCGAGAUGCUCAUGCUCGCAGAGUCAGCACCAGCGACACCAGUUCUUGGCCACGAUGGCAGUGUUAUUGGCACCAGUCCCGGCAUCAAGGUUGCUGAGGUGCCCAUUGAGUGGCACGAGGUUGGUGGCAGCAAGCUCAACGUCAUCCAGGACAGUAUCAAGAUGGCUAUUGGCCUUGCGGUGCUGAGAGCCAGUUGGAUGUUUGGUGUCUAUCGAAGACGAUUGACAUAG